UAAUGGAGGCACAGACAGAAAUCCACUUUAUGCAUAAUAAUGGAGCAAAGCCUGACUCUUCAUUCCUGCCUUGUGUGACCCAGGGUUGGAGGACUGCCCUCCCAACUCAUUAUCCUCUUUGUCCAGGAGCUCCAUCCUGUUGCCAUCUGCUAAAAUCCUCAGCCCACCUGCAUAGUGAACAGCAUUCGUUGUUUUCCAGAAAUGUGCAAGAACCACAGUCUCCCCCAAGACUGAAGCUCUGCUUCAUCGACAUGGCAGGGAACAUGGCUGCACACAGAGGACCCAUUUUUUCAGCUUCCCUACCAGAGAGAGAGAGACACCCUUUUUACCUGAGUUCUGAGUUGAAUAUCCUAGGAGAGAACUCUGAUUGGCUUGGUUUGGGUCCCAUGCCCAUCCUUGAGUUGAUCAACUGUGAUUAGUUAUAAGUGUACUCAUUAGUAACUUCCCCUGGAACCGUAGAUUUGAUGUGGGGUAAGACUUCCAAAAACGAAAACAAAAACAAAAAAACAAAAGAAUGCUA